GCCGGUGGGUUCUUUCCCGUAGCUUGGAAAUGGAAAGGUAGAUACGGGUACGGGUCCCGAGAGGGCUCAAGCCAAAACCAAGAGGCGGGGCGAACAGAGCGGAGGCGCCAUUUUUAAACAGCCGAAGCCGCCGCUGGUCGUGUCGGUGUUGCUGAUAAUUUGGCCUCUAGGGAUGCCAUCAGGGGAAAGAACAGCCUCUAUGACGGUGGCACGCUCUGGCUGACAGCAUUUUUACCCGAUUGUCAUCUCAUUAGUACUUAGUCAGAAUGGAUACGUUGCCGAACAUCCUUGCUCCAGCGGGUGGACAUAGUGAUCUUGUUAGCUCACAAGUAGAAUUGCAAAAACUGUUAAUUGAUGAAAGAAUGCGGUGUGAGCAUCAUAAAACCAAUUACCAAACUCUAAAGGCAGAACACACAAGGCUGCAGAAUGAAUAUACAAGAUCACAAAAUGAACUCAAGCAGCUGCUACAUGAAAAGCAAACUGUUCAUGACAAAUUUCAGGUUCUCCUUGCUGAAUUUCGAGGGGAAUUAUUGGAUAAAACUAGAGAAGUAGAGGAAUUAAAGAUGCAGGUAAUAACUCCACAAAAACUGGAAUUACUGAAAGCACAAAUACAGAAUGAUUUAGAAACACCUAUGAGAGAACGCUUUAGGAAGCUGGAUGAGGAAGUAGAAAAAUAUAGAACAGAAUAUAACAAACUUCGAUAUGAACAUACUUUUCUCAAAUCAGAAUAUGAGCAUCAGAAAGAAGAGCAUGCCCGCAUUUUAGAAGAGACAAAAUUAAAAUACGAAUCUGAGGUGGCAAGACUAGAUAAAGAUAAAGAAGAACUGCAUAACCAGCUGCUUAGUGUUGAUCCUUCAAGAGAUAACAAACGAGUGGAAGCACUGCUAAGAGAAAAGGCCCAACUAGUCCAGAAAUUAAAGGGGUUAGAAGCUGAAGCAACUGAACUUAGAGCUCAGAGAGAAAAUUCUGGUAUGCAAGCAGAAAAUGUGCAAAGAAUACAAAUGCGACAGUUAGCUGAGAUGCAUGCUACGGUGAGAUCCCUGGAGGCAGAGAAACAAUCGGUUAAGUUGCAGCUUGAGCGUGUUGAAAAAGAACUGCAGAUGAGCAAUGAGCAAAAUGCAGUCUUAACCAGCAAACUGCAUAAAGCUGAACGGGAGAUCAGUGCUUUGACUACAAAAGUUGAAGAACUUAAACAUUCAAGCAAGUUAGAAAUAACAAAUAACAAGCUGGAAGCAGCACGAGCCAAGAGUGAGAUAGAAAGAGAAAAAAACAAGAUUCAGAGUGAAAUGGAUGUGUUACACUCAGAUAAUGAAAUACUGAAGACAACAUUAGAGCGGCACAAAGUGCUUUUAAUGGAAAAGGAUCGUGAGCUAGUACGCAAAGUACAAGCUGCAAAGGAGGAAGGCUUCCAGAAGCUUGCUGCUUUUCAGGAGGAAAAACUAGAACUUGAAACCAAAUUGGCAGUAAUAGAGAAAAACAAAAUGGAGCAAGACACUGAGAGGCAAUCAGAAAAGGAUCAGUAUGAAGAAAAGAUAUCUGCUCUGCAGUUGGCAGAAGAAUCCAACAGAAGGGAAAUUCAGAACCUUAGGCUAAAGCUUCAACAGCAACUUAGUAAUUCUGAAGAGCUAGAAAAAGAGCGAAGUGACAAUUCUAAUCUAAAGCAGCACAUCCAAGAUAUGCAGCUCCGUAUGGCUUCACUUUCUCAGUCAGAGAAUGACUUGCUGGAUUCCAAUCAGAAACUCAAGGAAAUGCUUGAAAGAUUAAAAAAUGAAUGUCGAAAUGCAAGAAGUCAAGCAGAGAGGGCUCAGUGUGAUGCAGAGAGGAAUUUGGAAGACAAACGUUUGGAAUGGUUGGAAGAGAAACAUAAACUCAUUCAGCGCAUCACAGAGGGAGAAGAAACAUCUAACCAGAUGAAAGAGAAAUUACACCGGGCAGCAGUUGCUCAAAAAAAGAGAAAAACACUUAAUGAUAAUAAGCAAAAGAAACUUCUGGAGAAGAUAGAGCUCUUAGAAGCCAAGGUCGAAGAACUGGAAACUGAAAAACAGGUUUUAAACAGACAGAAUGUUCCUUUUGAAGAACACAUUCGCCUUCAGAAAAGACUAAAAGAUUUGCAGCGCAGGCAUAAUGAAUUCCGCCAGUUAAUUCUGUUUCCCAGUAUCCCAACCCUGAAUCCGCUCACCUUAUUGUCUUCAACCUUGGUUCCUGGAACUGAGGCAUCCUUUCCUCAUCUGCAAGAGGAACAGCAUCAAAGAGAACUUACUCUGCUUCGCAAACGUCUGGAAGAACUAGAAACCACACAGAGAAAGCAGUUGCAAGCACUUGGUGCCUCUUCUGAACGAGUUAGAUCGGUAGUAAGUACCGAGCUGAACACUAACAGAAAUAAGCUGGUUGAAGAGGAUGAUCUACCAGCUGGGGGACUCUAAAUAAGCUCCAAAACUAAACUAUUAAGCAUUAAUUUCACAUUAUCUUUUGCCAAAAGCAUUCACAUCUCAGUGUGCCUUCAACAAGAUGAAAGAUCUAAACAUAUUCGUCAUUGUUUUGUACGAUUCUGAACUAAAAGUUUAUCUGAACCAUACAAUAAUGCAAGUAAAAACAAUAAAUUUUGAAGAAAAUACUUUCUAAUUUCAGGCUAUAAGGACAAUCAUAUUGUACUAAGAAACUAUUUCUAACCAUGUUUCUUUCAAGCUUUUGUAUGUGAAAAUUCCUUGUAAAACUUUCAUUUUCUUUUUUAUAUAUCUCUUAUCUUUCAUCAAUAGAUUUCUGUGACUUGAAGGGUAGCCAUCAUGCAGUUAAAAAUACUGAAAUAACCAAAAUUCAACUUACAUGAUUACAUCAACUUUGUCAGCAGAGACUACAAAGGCAGGUGAAAUCCUGGGAUCACUAUCUAACUUUAUAUAAUACUUGAUUAUUUGCACUUUAACACAACAUUAUGGGAUAUUGAGAGAAAAUCAGAUCUUCAGAUGAUCAUAAAUGAAGUAUGAAUAUUUGUAUUUACAGAGAAGUGUGUAUGUGGUGGAAAGAAACAUUUUUG